AUGGGGUUCACUGAUGCUCAAAAACUAGACUACUUCAGAAAGAAAUUCAGAGAUGAGAAGCUUAUUGGCAGAAUGAUCUCUCAUAUCAAAACUUCACAGAGCUUAAACAUCAUGUGCCACAUUCCAGUCUUCUGCUGCAUCACUGCUACAGUUCUGGAGGAUAUGUUGAAAACUAAAGAUAAAGAUGAGCUGCCCAAGACCCUGACUGAGAUGUACAUCCACCUUUUGAUAUCUCAAGCCAAAGUUAAGAAGGUCAAGCAUCAGGGAGGAACUGAUGCUGAUCCACAGUGGAAUCAAGCAAGCAAGGAGAUGAUUCUGUCUUUGGGAAAACUGGCUUUUGAGCAGCUACAGAAAGCCAACCUGAUCUUUUAUGAAUCAGACUUGAAAGACUGUGGCAUCAAUGUCACAAGUGCCUCAGUAUAUGCAGGACUUUUUACAGAGAUAUUUAAAGAGGAGAGAGUGUUGCGCCAGGACAAAGUGUUUUCUUUUAUCCACCUGAGUGUUCAGGAGUUUCUGGCUGCUCUGUAUGUCCAUAUGACCUUUUUCAGCUCUGGACUCAAUCUGCUGGACGAACUCCAACAAUCAUCCUGGAUUUCUAGACUUUCAAGAAGUAAAUCUAAUCUCCACCAGAGGGCCGUGGACAAGGCCUUACAGAGCCCAAAUGGACACCUGGACUUGUUCCUCCGUUUCCUUCUCGGUCUUUCACUGGAGACCAAUCAGAUUCUCUUACAAGGCCUACUGAGAAAGACAGGAAGUAGCUCACAGGAAACAGUCCAGUACAUCAAGGAAAGGCUUGAUGAUGGUCUCCCUUCUGAGAAAAGCAUCAAUUUGUUUCACUGUUUGAAUGAAGUGAAUGAUCAUUCUCUAUUGGAGGACAUCCAAAAGUCAUUGAGUUCAGGAAAUCUUUACACGAAUGAUCUAUUUCCAUCUCAGUGGUCAGCUCUAGUCUUCAUAUUAUUAUCAUCAGAAAAUCUGGAUGUCUUUGACCUGAAGAAAUAUUCAGCUUCAGAGGAGGUUCUUCUGAAGCUACUGCCUGUGGUUAAAGCCUCCAACAAAGCUUUGUUGAGUUCUUGUAACCUGUCAGAGAAAAGUGUAAAAAUUCUGUCUCCAGUGCUCAGCUCCCAGUCCUCUUGUCUGAGAGAGCUGGACCUGAGCAACAACAACCUGGAGGAUUCAGGAGUGAAGAUGCUUUCUACCAUACUGGAGGGUCCACAUUGUCAACUGGAAACUCUCAGGCUGAUUGGCUGUAACUUGUCAUGGAGAAGCUGUGAAACUCUUUCUACAGUUAUCAGCACACAGUCCUUAAAUCUAAAAGAACUGGAUGUGAGCAACAAUGACCUGCAGGAUUCAGGAGUACAACUUUUAUCUGCUGGACUGGAGAGUAAUCACUGUGUACUUCAAACUCUUGGGCUAUCAGGCUGUCAAGUCACAGAACAAGGCUGUGCUGCUCUGGCCUCAGCUCUGAGUUCAAACCCUUCCCAUCUGAGAGAAUUGGACCUGAGCUACAAUCAUCCAGGAGACCAAGGCGUGACUCUCCUUUCUUUUGGCCUGAAGGAUAGACAAUGCCAAUUGGAAACACUCAGGUUGGACCAUUGUGGAGAACAGCGACUGAAACCUGGUCUGAGGAAGUAUUUCUGUGGGCUUGAACUGGAUCCAAAUACAGCGCACAGAAACCUCAAACUGUCUGACGACAACAAGAAGGUGACUGUGGUGAAAGAGGAACAGCCCUAUCCAAAUCAUCCAGAGAGGUUUGACUACUGCUGCUGGCAGGUGCUGUGUAAAAAUGGUCUGACUGGUCGUUGUUACUGGGAGGUGGAGAGGGAAGGGCAAGUUGUCAUAGCAGUGACGUACAAAAGAAUCAGCAGGAAAGGGAACAGUGCGGACUGCAGGCUCGGGUGGAAUGACCAGUGCUGGAGUCUAAUCUGCACUCAAGAGAAAUAUUCUUUUUGGCACAACAAGAGAGAACAUGUUGUCUAUCUUCCCUAUGGUGCUACUCUACCUAAAAGAAUAGCAGUGUAUGUGGACUGUCCUGCUGGUACUGUGUCCUUCUACCGAGUCUGCUCGGAAAAACUGUCCCUCCUGCACACCUUCCACACCACAUUCACCGAACCAGUCUACCCUGCCUUUGGGUUCGGGUUUGGGUUCUGGUCAUAUGAGUCCACUGCAUCUCUGUGUGAGUUGUAGGAGAGAGUCUGCUCCUGACUGCAAACUACUGCUGAUGGUGGUUUUCACUCUGCACACCACAGACUAUAAACCAAAGGACCAUGUAGCAGUUACCCUCCUACUGAUUCUGCAUAACAGAGAGGU